AUGUAUUACUGUUCACUAUGCAAAGCAUUGCAACCCAUAGGAACUAUUCGCUACCGUUGGUCGGACAAAACGUCGACCGCCACCUUGAUAUCUUGCUUGGUGAAGCUGGAUUUUUUCACAUUGGAUGAUGCUAAGGACAUUUAUGAUGGCAUCCGUAGCGACCUUAAAUAUGUAUGCAAUGAACACUACGUCGAAGCGCUUCUAUUCCUUGCCGAUGAGAUUGAGCAGCGCUGGGAAAACUUUCCGUUGGAGCUGAUCAAUGAUGUUCCAGUCAACAUAAUACGGGCCGUGAUUAGGCAAAUCCAAGGCAACAUUUCUUUCUUUGACGUUAACGUUCGUUUAGAAGCCAAACAUAUUAGGGCAUUUUUCAAAGGAUGCCUGACAAGAUAUGGCCCAGAAGUGCAGAGACGUAGACCAUGGUAUUUAGGCGCAACUUAUGUGAAUGUCGAUGACGAUAAUGACGCUUUGCCCUACUCUCAAGAAACCCCUUCACCCGAUGGUGUCAAGCAGACAGAAGGUGCUGAACCCUCAGACCACGGCGAGUUGGAGUCCUGCCUUAUGAGUAGCAAAGGAAAACGAUUGAAUAUUAGCCCAUCAGAAAACGACACCUCUGUGAAAAAGCCGAAGCGACAGAAAGAUUAUUAUUGUGCAGUGUGCGGCUGUUUUCGUCCAGCAGAAGAUUGUCGUGAAGCAUCAUUGCCCGACCUUUUGAUAGUGAUGGCAUGCAUGGCAAUGGACUAUAAAAUUGAUGUACAUACUAAGGCAAAACUGGGUGAAGAGAUUUUGUAUGGGUGGAGGUUUUUGUGUAAGCAGCACUAUAUUGAAGCGGCAACCUUUAUUUACUGUGAUGUAAAACAAAACGGAGAAAGUCUGUCCGAAAGAGAUUUUACUUCUCUUAGUAAUCUUACGAAGUACAGUUUGUGUGAACGUAUUGAGCAGUACUGUGAUCUUAUCGAUACCAGACUCGUUGUAAGGGAUGACGAGAUGUCGUGUUUUUUCAAUGACUGUCAAACGAGAUACAACAUUAAGCAGAUUGCAGAAGAGCAUAGUGCAACUGAAAGUAAAGAAGAGAGAAUGCAGGCGUCUGUUGCCUCAGUGGUUGAUGAAGUAAUUGCGCAAUCUUCCUUUCUGAAUACUUCUCGAUCAACAACCGAAGGCUUCUCUAUUAUGUCUGGCCUGGGCAAGGCAUGUCCUCAUGCUCAGCCAGAACUCUUGUUUUCAAUUCUGUGAAAUGAUACAUGGUUAAGCAGUGUAGUGGAAUUUGGUUGCCCUGACUCUUCAAAUCUGCGCAAGAAGUUGGAAGUAUGUCAUAGAGUGACCACGAACGCAAAAAGAGCUCAACGUUGUGGGAUUUGUGAUCAGACCAGAUCUGUGGAUAGCCUUCGGAGGAUGACGUCGACUAGAAAUCUGAAAGUCAUACUUCUAUCACUGUUGUUGAAGCAAAACCUGAUUGCUGUCACAGUGGCAAAGCAGGCUUAUAAGAGCGGUUCUGGUUUAUACGUCUGUCAUGAGCAUUUCAUUCAAGCGGGUGCUUUUCUUGUCUCCAAAUUUGAGGAGAAGUUCGGCGGUUUUGAUAUGUUAGGUCUGCGUAAGCUUCUUGACAGUUUUGUUUCCGACAUGGUGCACACCAUUAAUUUAUUUGGAGAACUUAUAACGGAUACUGCGAAACCAAAAGCUCCUGAUAUUCACAUAUUUCUCAAUGAUUACGAUCGGAGAUACCGGAAAAAUAUUGACUGGAUAAUAAUAGAGAUACCUAUGGGAAACACGAAUGAUGCGACCGAGCCUUCCUCCGUAAAUCCGGCGGAGUUACUAUAUGCGAAAGACGAAAGUAGUGCUUCUCUAAACAAGGAUGUGUCGCAAGAUGGUUACGAAGAGAAGUUGUUCAGUAGCAAACACGACAAUGAUGACGCGAGCCCAUGUCUUAUCGCUAAUGACCAGGAAGAUUCAAAUGUAAUGGAUCGUCUUCCAGCAACUCACUCAUCAAAGUCUCCUUCCUGCACAUCUGAGGAUUUUGUUGACGAUGAAUGCCAGAGCGCUGAUUCUCGAUUUGAAGCGGAGAUGUUCAAAGAAAUAUCUGUCACAGAUCUCUUACAUUCAGAUAAUAUCGCUGGAGAUGUUCCUGAAGAUCAUUCGAAAGAAAUAUCCAUGCUUGUAAAUGGCAACAUCAAAGCUGAAGAACAAAUCGGCGUAUCAGAUCUGGAUCGGGACUGUGACGAAGAAGGAAGGUUUGAUGACGAGGAUUCGGAGUACAUUGAAGAGCUUAACGAUGGAAAUAUGGAAAAUAUGGAUGGAAAAAGCGACAGCGUUCAAGAGGAACUUCUCCGAAGAUGUACUCAAAGACUUGGGAAGAAAUCGAAUUCCUUGGUGUCCUGGAAAGUGCCGAGCACCUCAACGAGCCAAAGUCGAAUGGUUCCUUUGAAACAGACGCCGACGGUAGAAGCAAAACGCAAGGAAAGGGUUGCACCCAUCUCAUCACUGUUUGGCGUAUCUUCCCGAGAACUUUUAUCUCAUUUUCGUAUAGGCGAUGACAGCAAAGGAGCUCUGAGCAGAGAACAAAUCCUUAAACGUUAUGUGACAUGCUCAUCGUUACUCUUGAGGAACAAAAGAGAGCCGUUUGUAGAUCGGUUGAUCACUAUGGGUGAGAAAUGGCUGUUCUGCAACACUAAAGACGAUCUAAGACUCUUCGAAUGUCAACCUGUGCUACUUCGCGUGUGGUGGUCGGCGAGUGGCAUUCUGUACCAUUCGUUCCAUCGCGCAAAUGAAGCAAAAUCCGAGGAGAUUUACAUCAGCCAAAUUGAACACGUUCACAAAGAACUCUCCAAGGGAUUGCCCGACGACGAAAAUCUUCUAGUGGUCCUCCUUCAUGAUAAUACGAAAUCAUUUUUGACACGAAACUCUUUAGCACAGCUUUUUAAGCAUAACUUUGAAGUGCUAUCAUAUCCUUCCCAUUCUCCCGAUCUCUUACCUUCGAGUUUCUAUUUCUUCAAACAUCUGAACGAUUUUCUAUCUGAAAGGCAGCUUAUUGAUAGAAAUGAUGUAGAAUUUGCUGUGUUUACCUUCAUAAAAUCAAGACCCCCAGAAUUCUAUCAAACCGGUAUCGAUGAACUUGUAUUGCGAUGGCAAAAAUGUGUUGAUGUCAAGGGACACCUCUUUCCUGUGAAAUCAACACCUUUAUCCUUUGAAUGA